AUGGCAUCGAUGUCACAGCAAAAAAGUGCAAACAAUGGCCGAGUGCCAAAGUGUGCACGUUGCCGCAACCAUGGCGUAAUUUCGGGUUUGCGUGGACACAAGAAAAACUGUUCGUAUCGAAAUUGUCGCUGUGCCAAAUGUGAAUUGAUCUACGAACGACAACGCAUUAUGGCUGCACAGGUUGCGCUGAAACGACAACAGGCGGUCGAAGAUGCGAUUGCAAUGCGAUUGGUGUCAAAUGAAACGGGUAAAACCAUUGAACAAUUACCGCCGGGUAAAAUAUUUGGCAUGUCCAUAACGGAACCAUGUAAUGCACCGUCCAAUUUGAAUGCCACCGAAAGUCUGUCGCUUGUGCCGAAAACAAAAAAUUGUAAGUCAGGCAGCGGCGGUGGUGGUGUUGGUGUUGGUGGUGACGGUGGUGGUUUGGGCGAUAUGCGAAGCAUAUCCGAAAGUGCCCUUGAUAUGUUGGCUCAUCUUUUUCCACACCGCAAGCGUUCAGUACUUGAAUUAAUUUUGCGUCGCUGUGAUUUGGAUUUGCUGAAAGCGAUCGAACAAUGUCGGCCAGCACCGAGCGCUUUCAAACCGGUCUCAAAACCAACAACUCUAAAUCAAGAAAGUUGA